ACAGAAAAUUGACAAAGGAAACAUCCUAUUUUUGUCUCCAACAGCCUAAAACAUCACUUUCAGCUCCUUCAGUCUCUCUCUCUUUCUCUCUAUCUGGUGUUUUUUUUUAUAUUUAAUGCGGUAAAUAUUAGUAUUAUUAAUCUUCACCAAAUCAGUGUUUCAAACCCCAAAUCCCAUCUUCUUCGACCCGAAAUUAGGGUUUUGUAUUAAAAAAUUCCUUAGUGAUGCUGUGUUCGAUAGUGAGAAAUAAACACAAGUUUUGUCUGUGUUUUUAUUGUUAAUUAUUUUAUUGGAGAAAAUGUCAACUUUGUUGAGUGUAAUCAAAAUCAGGAGGAUGUUUGGUUGGUUAUUGAAUAAUGUUAGUAUAAGCUAUCUUUUGGUAUCCUUUGGAAGAAUACCAAAUCUGAUCUGAAAUUUAUUUCCAGCUUCUCAAUUCUUAUCUUACAGGUUCUGAAACUUGUUUUUUCUGAUGAGAAUCAAAGUUUCGUAAGAGCUAUUCCUUUGCUAGAGCAAUGGAUUGUUGUAGCUGUUUUGGUUUCCUCAGGAAGCCCAAGCAAAGACCCAUGCCCAUUUCUAGCGGCGGGAGGAGUUAUAAUCACAACAAUAUCAAUAAUCUCUCCCAGGAACUUUUGUUAAAUGGUGAAAUUGAUGAUAAUGAUGAUGGGGAGGAUGAUGCUUCUUUUAAUGGUGAUAUUACUGGCACUAGUUAUUGUGAUAAUGCUGAGGUGCCCAAUGGUGCCAAGCGCUCUGAAGAGAUUUUAAGACUUAGGGAGCUGAAUGGAUUGGUUUGCAGGCAAUAUCCUGUCAAGGAAACCCAUCUACUUGUUCCCUCUGAGGAUGAAAAUGGUAAUAAGAUGGUCAAUGAAUAUGUUCGCGAGUAUAAGAUUGGUGCUGGUAGCUAUGGUAAAGUGGUUUUGUAUCGAAGCAGUAUAGAUGGAAAGCAUUAUGCAAUUAAGGCCUUUCAUAAGUCUCAUUUGUUGAAGCUGCGGGUUGCUCCUUCAGAGACUGCAAUGUCUGAUGUACUUCGUGAGGUUCUAAUCAUGAAAAUGGUUGACCAUCCUAACAUUGUCAAUCUCAUCGAGGUGAUUGAUGACCCAACUACAGACCACUUCUACAUGGUUCUGGAAUAUGUGGAUGGAAAACGAGUGUGGGAUGGAUCUGGUCCUCCUGGUGGAAUUGGAGAAGAUACUGCUAGAAAGUACCUGAGGGAUGUUGUAUCUGGGCUUAUGUAUCUUCAUGCCCAUAAUAUAGUGCAUGGAGAUAUUAAACCUGAUAAUCUGUUGGUUACUCACUCUGGUACAGUGAAGAUAGGAGAUUUCAGCAUCAGUCAGGUAGUUGAGGAUGAUAAUGAUGAGCUUCGCAGAUCUCCUGGGACUCCUGUUUUCACUGCACCAGAGUGCUGUGUGUGUCUAACCUACCAUGGCAAAGCUGCGGACACAUGGGCAGUGGGAGUAACUUUGUACUGUAUGAUACUUGGGCAAUACCCAUUUCUUGGAGAAACGCUUCACGAUACAUAUGACAAGAUUGUCAACAACCCCUUGGUGCUCCCUGAUGAAUUGAACGCACAGCUGAAGGACUUACUUGAGGGACUUCUUUGCAAAGACCCAGCUCGGAGGAUUACCCUCGCUGCUGUCACAAAUCAUACCUGGGUUAUUGGGGAUGAAGGACCAAUUCCUCAGUAUUUGUGUUGGUGCAAGCAUAGUAGCAUGCAGAGGGAAGGGAACCGUCUGAUGGGAGCAACGACAGCACACGCAUAAACCUUACUGAAUGAAAUGGUAGUGAUUUCGAUGCUAACAUGACUCUUACUGACAAAAUUGUUUAAUGUAUAGUAGAAACUCCAGUUUCUCCUUUCCUUUUGGUUUAUCUUUUUCAACUCUCUGUAUGGGAUAAAGGAUGUGAGCAGGUGGUUGGGCUCUUGAAGUAAAUAAAAAAGAAAAAGAGUAUGGGUGGGACAAACUGUCAGAAUUUAAUCUCUCCAUCUUGAAAUAAAUAAAUAAAUUUGUUUA